CGGUUCUAAUCUUCAAAGAGAAUAAUGAAAAUAGUAGUACAUACAUACGUAAUCUAUUAAAUUCUUCCUCUUAGUAGAUAGCAAAAUUGAGAGGUUGUAAUUGACUCAAAGAUGAUAACAUACAUCAUACAUGGUCCCCUUAGACUCUUUCAUAGUGAACCAACAAGGCCAAAAUAACAAACCACAAUGAAGCAAAACAAGCGAGAAGUUCAUCUUGAACAUCAACAACAACAACAACAACAACAACAACAUGAUCAACAAAAGAAAGUUGAAGUCCUAAAAGCCGUGGCUCAAGCUUGGCAUAGUCAUUUUAACAGUGCUAGAGAAGCUACGUGCGAAUUCGACGUUCGAAGGCGAAAUUUUCGAAACAAACCUUCGAGGUUUAAGCUCGAACUCGAAGCUAAAAAAAAGUUGAAGAUAGAUGAAGAGGCAAAGAAUACACUAUGGAAUUUUAACCAAUCUCUUUGGGAUCCUUAUGAGAUUGUGGCUGUAUCAAAAAGGUUGGAAACAGGGUUAGUAUUGAAUUAUGAUUUUGAUGAUAUGAAUAACAUAGAUGAACAUAUGAGGGUGUUUAAGAAGAGAAAAGAGAGCAAAAAUAGUCUUAGGAAUUUGUUCAAUAUCAUGUCUUCUAGGAGAUUUAAUGAUAACAAUGUUGAUAUUUCUGAUCCAUCUACAAAGUAAUUAAUGAUUUUGGAGUUUUAGUUCUACUUCAAAUUAUAGCUAGAUAUAUACUAAGUAAAUAAUUUUGUUAAUUCAUAUGUUUUGAUAGUUAAUUGAUUAGCCAAGUUCUUUGUUGAUUAUCUAUUGUUAAUUGUGAUGUUAUGAUAUGAUCAAAGUAAGUUUA